UGCAGCAGUCGCUUGUUUUUCGCUCACUCAAUAGCACGGCCAUAGCGCGUUGUUGGCGUACUUAUUAUUUUUUUGCAAAGAGGAAGAAGAAGCAGCAGUAGCAGAAGCAGUGCAGAAGUUUUGUUGACACCAAAAGAAAGAAAAAGAAAAAACCCUAAACAAGAGCCAAAGUUGAAAACUAGGCGUGACGACACAAAAGCGUGCAAAGUGUAGAGACGAAAGUGAAAUUGUUAAAUAUCUAGUAUAGUAUAAAACAAGAGCAAAUUGCAAAUGAAUAGUCCUCGCACAAACGGCGCCAUCUCAGCGCUGCCCAGCACACUGGCGCAACUGGCGCUGCGCGACAAGCAGCAGGCGGCGACAGCAUCGGCAUCAGUAUCGGCGUCCGCAUCAAAUGGCAGUGACUCCUCAGCAGCAGCGGCAGCAACGCAGCGCCCACAAACGCAGCCGCCCAGUGUGCCAUCGUCAGUGAACAAAUUGCAGUUGGCCGAUGCCAGUGUGACCAGCUCCAAUGGUGACUCGAACAAGCUGACGCACGACUUGCAAGAAAAGGAAGCACAGCAGCAGCAGAAGCCACAAAAACCGCCGUUGCCGGUGCGCCAAAAACCGAUGGAGAUUGCCGGGUAUGUGGGAUUCGCCAAUCUGCCCAAUCAGGUGUAUCGCAAGGCGGUUAAACGUGGCUUUGAAUUCACGCUGAUGGUGGUGGGUGCCAGUGGACUGGGCAAGUCAACGCUGAUCAACUCGAUGUUCCUUUCGGACAUCUACAAUGCGGAACAGUAUCCGGGCCCAUCGCUGCGCAAGAAGAAGACCGUUGCCGUCGAGGCCACCAAGGUAAUGCUCAAGGAGAACGGCGUCAAUUUGACUCUCACUGUGGUGGACACGCCCGGAUUUGGGGAUGCUGUCGAUAACAGCAACUGCUGGGUGCCCAUACUCGAGUACGUGGACAGCAAGUAUGAGGAGUAUUUGACUGCCGAGUCGCGGGUGUAUCGCAAGACGAUCUCGGACAAUCGGGUGCACUGUUGUCUGUACUUUAUCGCGCCCUCGGGUCACGGUCUGUUGCCAUUGGACAUCGCCUGCAUGCAGAGCCUGUCGGAUAAGGUGAAUCUGGUGCCGGUGAUUGCCAAGGCCGACACCAUGACGCCGGACGAGGUGCAUCUGUUCAAGAAGCAGAUACUUAAUGAGAUUGCUCAACACAAGAUCAAGAUCUACGAUUUUCCCGCCACACUCGAGGAUGCCGCCGAGGAGAGCAAGGCCACACAGAAUCUGCGCAGUCGGGUGCCCUUCGCUGUUGUUGGAGCCAACACCAUCAUCGAGAUGGACGGCAAGAAGGUGCGAGGACGUCGCUAUCCUUGGGGCCUCGUCGAGGUCGAGAAUUUGACACACUGCGACUUCAUUGCUCUGCGCAAUAUGGUGAUUCGCACCCAUCUGCAGGAUCUCAAAGAUGUCACGAAUAAUGUGCACUAUGAGAACUAUCGAUGCCGCAAGCUCUCCGAGCUGGGUCUGGUCGAUGGCAAGGCUCGGCUGUCGAAUAAGAAUCCGCUCACCCAGAUGGAGGAGGAGAAGCGCGAGCACGAGCAGAAGAUGAAGAAAAUGGAGGCGGAGAUGGAGCAGGUGUUCGACAUGAAGGUGAAGGAGAAAAUGCAGAAGCUCAAGGAUUCCGAAUUGGAGAUGGCGCGCAGGCACGAGGAACGCAAGAAGGCGCUCGAGUUGCAGAUCCACGAACUGGACGAGAAGCGGCGUGAUUUUGAGCGUGAGAAGAAGGAAUGGGAGGAUGUCAAUCAUGUGACGCUUGAGGAGCUGAAGCGACGCAGUCUUGGUGCAAACAGUAGCACCGACAAUGUCGAUGCCAAGAAGGAGAAGAAGAAGAAGGGUCUGUUCUAAGUCAAACAUAAACCAUAUUAAACGACAUACUACACAUAUAAAUCCUCCUACUCCUAAUUAACAAAAGAAAUGAAAAACAAAAAAGAAGAAGCAAAAAGAUUAACAUACUACACUUUAAGGGCUACAAAUCUCGAGAACAAAAUAACAUAACGAAUUAUAUAUAUAUAUAAACAUCUCUAUAUACAAUUUAUAUAUAUAUAUAGAUAUUGCGGUGCAUACCAUACUAUAAAUUUCAUACAUAGGCAUUGCAUACGAAAGAUUUCAAGUACUCGCUUGCUUGCAUCCUUAUCAGAGGGGCCUAUGUUUGGGGCUGCAGUCUAGGACAUAUAUAGUAUACAUAUAGUGUACGUAUGUAUGGCUUUCGCACAGCAAUCGCGCAUUUGUUUUUUACAUGCAUACAUACACUCACACACACAUACACGCAUAUUAACAUUUAUUACAAACAAAAGAGAGUUAUUAUUAUUAUUGCAGUAUUUUAUCAAAAUAUUUCAAGCGCAUCAAAAUACCGAAUGAGAGAACACACAUAAAUAACUUGACGAAACAUUUCGACUAGCAUAAAUGAAUUGAAACGAACCUAAAUUGUAUUUACAAAAUACUUCAAUAUCGCUUAAUUAACAAUAAAUACCAUUUAAAUAAAAAAAAAACGAUGACGAAGACGACGCAAGAAGAAGAUGAAGAAACCCGAAAUAUCCUAAUAUUAACAUGUAUAACGUACGUAAUGUAUAAUGUGUAUUGUAUUUACUUAUUAUGCAUAAAAGUCAAAAAAACACAAAGCAACAACAGAAACAAAAAACAAAAAAAAAAAAAGAAACAA